AUGACGAUUCUACUCUUUCUCGUGGAUACAAGUGCCUCUAUGGCAGCAAGCUCGUACAUGGGCUUAACGUAUCUUGAGCAUGCUAGGGGUUUAGUUGGAAAUAUUCGAAAGGCAAGAGAGCAAAUGAAGGGAGCCGACCGGUACAUGUUGAUUACGACAGAAGAAUAUCCGCUGUGUGUCAAGGCCGGAUUUCGUGAAGGAAGUCAAAUUUUUGAGCAAUCGGUAAACAAUUUGAGACCACAUGGGAAAUUUCAUCUGGGACAUGCCGUUUUGAACUCACUCAAAUACAUCAAUACGCAUCGGGCAGCUACUGGACAAGACCAAUUCGGACUGGGACGGUGGUUUUCGUUGCAAAAUGACAAUGUGGUGAUUGUGGUGAUCACGGAUUCGCUUGGAGCCAGUUCGUUGCCGGAUGAUUUCCCGAUUAUAUUCAAUGGUCGACAUCCAGCAGGAGAAUUUAUGGAAGAAGCGUUUCGAUGGGAUCAACGAGUGUUCUCGGUGGUUCUUCGGCUACCGUCAACUCAUCGCCCUUCCGGUUUUGAUGUGACAAAGAAAAUUGAGCCCGAUGUUUCACCGCUUGACCGACUCUGUCGACAAACAGGAGGUCGUUCAUGGUCUCUCUACUCUCACGAGCAAUCUCCAUUUUUCGUUCAACAAUUUAUGGGAGUGAUGUCCAUUUCAGGAGCCGUUCUUCGAUUUGAAGCCUAUCAACAUAGAAAUGGCCUACAAGAUGAUAAGAGUCUCUCAACAAGAUUGGAGCGUCGACCCUUGUCGAUGAUCUACAUCAAGAAUUCGGGAGCGAUUCCGCAGAUUCAUUGGCCGUUUCCCGAGUCUUUUUCAUCUCAAACUUUAGACACUCGUUCAAUUCCGGCUCGACGCGCAAAUCCGACGAUUUACGUUCAAGUUCAACCUACUGACACUGCUCAUUAUUUUAUGGAUGUUCCAUUUGAUCGCUAUGAAGUCGAGGCUGGACCUUUAACUGAAUAUAUGAUCGAGUACAUGACUGAUAAACAACAAACACAAUCGCAAUUGGGAUGGAUGGUUUACGUGAAAAACUCAUCGCGACACGAGGGACUGGGAAAACCGUUUGGUUAUUUAAAGGUUGCAUCAACUCUUCAAUCUGUGUCGCUAUUUGUUCUUCCAUACAACUAUCCGGCAUUAUUGCCGCUUUUUGAUGAAAUCAAGAAAAACAUCGUAGUGAAGAGCAAUACGGUUUGGCAAGAGAAAUUGGCGACUUAUUUGAAGACCGUUCCAUUGUAUUAUCUUGUGCACCUUCGCAAACAUUUUCGCCGCUUCAACGUGCCACCGGAGCUUUUCGAGCAACAGUGCUCGAUUCCGCCAUUUAACGGACAAAUCACCUACUCAAUCAAAGCAUAUCGGGUAGGCAGCAAGCAAGAUAAGCAAAGUGAAGCACUUUUACGAGUCGCUAAGGAUGCUGCAAAGAGGGAAUUUGAUGAUGUGAAUGCGAAAGUACAGCAUCAAAAUGUUACGCCGACAAUCGCUCAACUUGGAUUCAUGCCCGUUGUGACGUCUAUUCAACGAAUGACUCCCGUUUUGCCACGAUUGGAGCGAUGUGCGGGUCGAUGGAAAUUGAAGAAAGAUGGGGAAAAUCGGAAAACGAUCGUCGAUCCGGAUGUGAGAUUGCCAACAGAUGAUCUACAAACGGAACAAGAAGAAGGACCAAAGCUCACCGUACGAGAUGCGCUGAUCAAUCGCCAAAAGGAGUCGAUGUUCAAAAAUCCAUUGAUUAUCAAGAGAACGGAACUAAUUCAAACGUUGAUUUCGCUUCAUGAGAAUUAUCGACAAAGUGUCACUGAUCAACAAUCACAUUUCUUGCAAGGUGGAAAACCGGGAACACUCAUUCGGUUGCAAAAUGCCGCUGAAAUUCAUGAUCAACCUGUUAGCAUGAUGGGAAUGUACGAGGAAUAUAUCAAGGAGUUGACGAAUGCCGGCUUUCGACCCCGAGAAAUCGAUGGUGGAUCGACAUCGGUUGGCUUUGGAAAUCCUUUCGCCAAGAAGAAUUUGGGCAACUUUGGAGUGGAUGAGGUGAUGGAAAGCCCGAAUACUGGAACCGGAUCGUCAAAAGAUCCCACACAACAGAGAAGGGAGAAAAUCGGGAAAUUCGAUCGACAACACCGACAUCGAACAAGGAAAACGGGACCCCUGCCAUGGAAUGCGUUGAAGAGUUGGAGGGAGCGCCGAAAAACAAUCAGCGAUCGAUCGUCAAUUGUCUCCGAUAUCUCGUAUACGUCUGAUGUCACUGAUACGGAUGUUGAAAUGGAGGAAACAUCUUCUAUGGAUUCUGUGGAGACGAAUGGGAAAAGAUCAUUGUCUGGAUUGGAAGAAAAUGGAGUGUUGUCACCAGAUGAAGAUGAACAGGAUCAUACACCUUCAUCACCGAAGAAAAUCGCACUGGAACGACGAUCGAGUACAGAGAAUGGAUCAAUGAGAAGAAGCUCGAUACAACAAGGGUCAUCAAGAAGAAAAGAACGAUUAGAAGACGCUGAAUUAAGAGAUGCUUUGACGAAAGCGACCGAGAUUGUCAAGAAAGCGUCAUAUGGCCGAUUCAACAUCGAAGAAACAACAAAGAAAGUCUCGACGAUUGCCUAUUCUCUGCACGAUCGACACCGAAUCGUCGCAUAUGCCGCAAGAACAGCUGAUCAGUGCAAGAGAAACGAUUUGGCCAAAGCGUUGCUGAAAGAGGAAGAUCAUCUUGUUAAGCAAAUCUUAAAGUUA